GAUGGAUCCCGAUCACCGCGCAUGGCGCCCCGCGCCUCCUCCAGGUAGCGGCCCCUGCCCCGUCUGCUCCGCCCCCACUUCCCCUUCUGCCCCCGCCGCCUCCGCCGCCGCCGCCCCCGUCCUCCGCCUUCCAUCCCGCCCCCGGCUUCCCUCCGCCCGACCCGACCCUCGCCUACUCGGGUACCGACCCGCCGUCUCUCCCCUCCCCCCCCCGCCGCAGCCGUACUACGGUCACGGGUUCGGCGAUCCGAGGAAUCACCACCACCGCCACGGGUACCCCGAUCACGGCAGGGGCGAUCUCGGGCAGCACCCCGAUCGGUUCCGCCCUAAUGGUUACGGCGGCGCCAAUGGGUUCGCCGGGGAGGGCGAGAGGAGCUAUAAGAAGAUGCGAGUGGCGGAGCCGAGUGGCGAUCCGAGCUUGAGCGGAUACGCCAAUGGGAAUCGGGACGUUUUUGCUGGGGCUUCGUUCGACGACGAGCGCCGAUUGAAGCUGAUUCGGGAUCACGGGGCCGCGGCUGGCGGGAACGCGGGGUAUGGUUUUGAUAUUAGCAGGGAUGGGACGGGCGAAUUGAGCGCGAAGAAUAUGCAGAAGAGCUAUGGGAAUGGAAGUAUCCCGUCCGACGGUGAACAGCAAUACUAUAUGCAGAAACGCGCAAAUGAGUAUCAGGCUGAAGUUCCCGGCAUGAAAGAAUGUAUCUUGGCCAGAGCGGUGGCGUUUCGAGGGACGAUUUCGGUCGUAGCUAUCAGCCACCGCAUCAGCCUCAUGCAAUUCAAUCAGGGCAGGUGCAAAAUCACCUGGCGCAUGCUGAGAUGAGAGAAGGCAACCAGCCAUUUUAUGCCAAUCAUGGUCCAGUUGGGUAUCAGAAUUUCCCUGGAAUGGCUCCAUAUGGUGCCCCGAGUUUAGGCGCAGGAGGAGGUUACCCGCCGCAUCCUGCUGGGCCGGGCAUGAACGUUGCCCGCCCUCCUCUCCCUCCAUCUCCUCCACCACCCCUGCCGCUUGAUCCGUCCGGUUACCCUUCAUUAGAACAAAAGGCGCAUUCACCAUCGUUGAGUUCUCUGUUUCCCUUGCCUUCGAGCUCUUCUAGAGUGUCUCCUACGUACCCUCCAGCACCUGGGAAUCAUCACCUUCGGCACUAUUACCGCAGUGGACAAGCUCCUACUGUGUCUGCUGGCUUUGUCCCAGAGGAAUAUAAGGCCAUGCAAGGGAACUCGAUGAGGCAGUAUUCUGGGCAGGGUCCACAGCUUCCAUCACAGCAAUUGCCUUCGCAGAAGCCAAAAAUUGUCGAUGCUUCCCAUAUUUUUAAGCCACCUCAUAGAAUCUGUCGACCUGAUCAUUUUGUCAUAAUUCUUAGAGGGCUUCCAGGAAGUGGAAAGAGCUACUUAGCCAAGAUGCUGCGGGACCUUGAGGUUGAAAAUGGUGGUAGUGCUCCACGAAUUUAUUCUAUUGAUGAUUAUUUCAUGACCGAAGUUGAAAAGAUUGAUGAAAAUGGAGCUUCAAAGUCUUCAGCUGCAAGCAAAGGCAAGAAGGCUGCUAUGAAAAAAGUGAUGGAGUAUUGUUAUGAACCUGAAAUGGAGGAGGCUUACCGGUCAAGCAUGCUGAAAGCAUACAAAAAGACUGUUGAGGAGGGAACUUUCACCUUUGUAAUUGUGGAUGACCGCAAUCUGCGGGUUGCUGAUUUUGCUCAAUUUUGGGCAAUUGGGAAGACAUCAGGCUAUGAAGUUUACAUUCUAGAAGCAGCAUACAAGGACCCGGAGGGUUGUGCUGCUAGGAAUGUCCAUGGUUUUACCCUUGAUGACAUACAAAAGAUGGCAGGACAGUGGGAAGAAGCCCCAGCCUUAUAUUGGCAACUUGAUGUUAAGUCAUUAUUCCAUGGAGAUGAUCUCAAGGAAAGUGGGAUUCAAGAGGCCCUUCAGUGGACAUGGAUAUGGAGGAUGAUCAGGAUGAAAGUCUACCCUGUAGUGGAAGGAAAAAAAUUAGAGAAUCCCAAGGAUACUCCUUUUGAUGGUGAUGCACCACAUGGAGAUUUCUCCAAAGAUGAGGAGAGAGGGGAUGGAGGAGGAGACCAUGUAACAGAAGUGAGAGAAUUGGGUAGGAGUAAGUGGUCAGAGAACCUAGAGGAACAUGAAAAUGAAGAAAAGGUCGAAAUGCGAACCAGUGUAUCUGCUCUUUCUGGCUUGGUUCAAACAUAUGGCAAGGGAGGAAAAUCUGUACGCUGGGGUGAUCAGGCUAAAAAUACUGGGUUCUUGAUCGGUGCUGCAAAGAAGGCCAAUGCAUCGUCUUUGGUGAUUGGACCGGGUGCUGGAUACAACUUGAAGACGAACCCAUUGCCUGAAGAAGGUAAUUUGACGGGGAGCUAUAGCAGUGAACUGAAGAGACAGAGGAGCAUGUUCCAGGAGCGAAUCAGGGCGGAACGCGAGUCAUUCAAAGUAGUAUUUGACAGGAGGCGUCAGCGGAUUGGCGGGCUUGAUUUGGAGGAGGAGUAGAGAACAACGGAACCACUUAGGCCCCCCUGAAUUCUUAUGUCGCCUCUUUUCUAGGCUGUAAUUUAGCGGCAUUUGUUGUAAAUUAGUAAUUAGCAAACGCUGUAACUUGGCUUGCCCUGAAAUUUUCAGCUGUAACAGGGGAAGUCCUCGCUCAAAAUUAAUGAAAUAACUCCUUUCGCCA